AUGGGGCUUAUCUCGGCCUUUUCCAAAGCGGGAGCUGCGAUUGGCACACAGGUGUUUACUGCGAUUUUGAACAAGUACACCGCCGAUCCAUCUAAGGGAAACCAAGUCGCAUUUCUAAUUGGCUCUGGUUUCGCUGUUCUUGGUGCUAUCAUCGCCCUUUUCGUUAUUCCAGACAUAUCAAGGCACCUGAAUGACGACGAUGAAGCUUGGAAGAAGUAUCUAGCUGAGAAUGGCUGGGACGCUCAAUGGGGCGAUGAGGUGACACGCGAUCCGUCCGGUGUUAUUAUGGAUAAAGCUGCGUCUUAG